AUGAACGGCAACAAGCGUCCCCGGCUCGAACACCGCGAGAGCAUCUCUUCAGAGACCGCCUCGAAGGCACAACUCACGCGAGCCUGUGCAGAGUGCAAAAAGCAUAAGAUCAAGUGUUUUGUCCAGCAAGGAGGGACAGCUUGUAAUAAGUGUAUCAAGAGCGGUAUCAUCUGUGUUCCUCACAACUUUGCUCAAAAGUUCAUCGAUAAGGAUGCGACCUGGAAGUCUGAGGCCGAUAUCACUCUUGAUCGACUGAAGGCUGCUGUUCAGCAUUUGCUACAGUUGAACCACUUACCCAGACUUGAGCUCUUCAACGACCCUCAGUCGCUUCCCGUGCCAGUCUGCGAAGUCUUCGUCCAGACGCUCUCUCCUUCAACCACUCACACCAACAGCGUAGUGCCAGGUAACUUCAUAUCCGAAGGCCCUUCGGCAAACCACCACGAGGAUGACUCCGAUCUGGUUCCCCUCCCAAUGAACAAUCUGUACAAUCUUACAGAGCCCGGCAAUUCUCGUCUCAUACGCGUCGAUCCUGCUGAGGUCAAUGGUCCUGACUUCAUCAGUCGCGGUGUUGUCUCCGUUGCUGAGGCCGAGUACCUCUUUUGCCACUUUCGUGAUCACAUUAAUCCGCUAUUAUGGGACGGCGUCUUGUGCUCACAUGGUACUCUUCAAGAAGCCAGACAGUCAUCGUCUUUGCUCAUCGCCACUGUUCUCACCGUCGCCGCGCUUCAUCUCCCCGAUCGGGAACAGUCACUGCACGCCACCUAUGACGCAUUCGUGUCCCUUAUGAGAGGCUCGUGUAUGCUUCGCAGCCAAAAUCUUGACGACAUUCGAGGACUAUGCAUUGGAGCUUUCUACCUUACUAGCCUUAGUUGGGCCUUAUGCAGCAGAGCUGUUCGUGUAGCGACCGAGAUGAACCUGCACAAGUCAUCCUUACAAUUCUCUCGAGGAUCCAUCGAGUCCUACGAGCGUGUGCGACUUUGGUACGUUCUGUACGUAUGCGAUCACCAGUUUGCUCUUGCCUAUGGACGACCACCAAUGAUGCACGAGGAUGCUGCUAUCAGAAAUGCCGAGAAGUUGCUCACUAGUGGGCUAUCUAGCAAAGGUGAUUGGAAGUUGGUCGCCCAAGUUGAGCUUUUCCGCAUCCUGGCAGGUGCUUAUUUCAUGUACGGCUGCGACCCUGACCUCGAACUGAACGGAUCAGAUUUUGAGAUGCUGCAAUCCUUCAACAUAUCCGUGGAUCAGUGGCGACUACAGUACCAGCCGAAAAAUCCAGGAGUCGCUUCUCAUUGCGUUAAUCCUGCCAAAGGGACUGCACUAUACUAUCAUCUUGCACGCUUCCAACUCAACUCGCUGUCGCUUCGAGGUAUUUCUGCUCGUAGCUCAGAAUCCGACAUGUCUUGGGAUCGCAAAGAAGCAGCAAACAAUGCCAUCGCCGCUGCUACAAACGCAUUGCGUCUUAUCAUCGAGGACGUCGAAUUACGAAAUGCGCUAAUUGGAAUGCCGAUAUUCACACAUGCCAUGAUUGCUGUCUGUGCAUCAUUCUUGAUCAAGAUGGCUGUCGUAUAUGGCGUAUCUGACACUAGAAAUGUUCGCAAGCUUGUCCUUCCAAAGAAUCUGACAAAGUAUGGGCUCAACUUUCACACCAAAGACGCACUCUGUAGCGUUGAGAGUCUCGUGCUUGUGCUAAAACCAGUGGCCGACAAUGCAAGUCAAAGACAUGUCGCCAGACAAGUCAUCACUGGCCUGGAAGAAUUGCUCCAGCGUUUUGCCAAGAGUCGUGAGGGUGAUUUGUUCAUAUACUCACCAUCAGGUGACACCGAGCACCCAGCUGUUGCUGUCGUCAACCACGAUAUAAGUCACUCUGCCACAGCCGAAGAAAGCUUGUUUGCGCCUGACAUCGUCGACGUGACGCACGCCGAUUACAUUCUACCCGAUGGCAGUCAUGAUCAGGAUACGACACAACUUUUUGGCCUGGAGAACGCGCAGCAAGAUCCGUUUGAUCUGUUGGGUGAUCUUGACUGGAGAUUUAACGACAGUUUCCUUUGGGGAAUUGAUUCUGGAGCGCCAUACAUCUAA